AUGGCUUUUGAAGCAGAAGCGAUUUUAGAUAAAGAUCUUCUCAUAAUCACUUAUCCAUUAGUGACGUUGGCUUCAUUUUUGCGAUUAAUGGAGAUCACAAUUGGCGGAUUACUUUUACCAUUGAUUUGUUUAGACAGAAUAUUCGCCACGUAUUUCGUUGCCGAUUAUGAGAAGAAUCGAAAAACAAAAACAUUUCUAGCAAUUCUUUUAUUUUGCGGUAUUCAAGGGGCAUUUAUUGUGCUAGCGGGAAUGUUUUUAAUUAUCAUUUAUCCAACUGAAUGCACAAUCAUCUCGGUCACCAUCGUUAGUGCAGUCGAAAUUGGGACUUUCGUUCUUUACUUCAAAAUCGUUUCGCUGAAUCGUCGAGCUCUGGACUGCAGCGAUAAAACGACGAAUUAUUUCGCGCAACUCAUCGGCAUUUCGUAUAAUUUAUUUUUAACAUUAGCUGCAAACGGUAGCAGCCUUUUGGUGGUGAUCAUCGUUGAAGAGUGGAGGGAUUCCGUGUUUCGCGUUUGGUUUAAAAUCAUUGUGAUUGAAGACACUUCUCUGAAACCUCAACUCGAGACUCAAGCUUAUUUCAAUUACUAUGCAAACGAGUGG